AUGAGCACGUAUGGAACCCUGCUGAAGGUCACCUCAUUCGGAGAGAGCCACGGGAAAGCAGUGGGGUGUGUCAUAGACGGGUUCCUGCCAAACAUAGAAAUAAAUUUCGCCCUGAUACAGAAACAACUAAAUAGGAGGAGACCAAAUCAGUCCAAGCUGACAAGUUGCCGAAAUGAAGAGGACAAAUUAAUUGUCCUUUCCGGUUUUGAUGAGAAUAAAUCCUUGGGAACUCCAAUCACUUUUUUAAUUAACAAUGAAGACGUGAAGAAGGAAAAUUAUUCCUCCUUCAUAGAUAUUCCUAGACCCGGACAUGGGGAUUACACAUAUUUUAAAAAAUAUAAUGUAAAGAAUAAAAGUGGAAGUAGUCGUUUUUCCGGGAGGGAGACAGCUACCCGUGUGGCUGCAGGUGCUUGCAUAGAGCAGUGGUUGCAAAAUUAUUACCACUGCACUGUCGUUUGUUAUGUCCAUUCUGUGGGGCAUAUAAAGUUACCUGAAAAAAUCAUCAGAAAUUUCGAACGCAACCCACCGUCGAGGGAUUUAGUUGACACAUAUGGAGCUGUAAAGUACUACCAGAGGAGAGGCACAUUCUGUGACUUCUACGGUAAUGUGUAUAACUCUGAUGGGAAGCUCCUACGGGGGGUAGGAGUUACCAGUGGGGAAUCUGCCCCCACCGAUGGUGCUAUACCAAACGUGCAUGAACGAUUGACCGAUCCAGGUGAGUACACCCUGUUGCAAACGAGGUGUCCACACCCAUUUACGGCAGUACAAAUAUGUUCAUAUAUUUUAAAAUUAAAAGAAGCGGGGGAUAGCGUAGGUGGAAUAGCCACGUGCGUUGUAUAUAACGUGCCAGUAGGCAUUGGAGAACCCAUCUUUGAAAAAAUGGAAGCAGAAUUGGGUAAAAUUAUUCUUUCCAUACCAGCAGUGAAGGGUAUCGAAUUUGGUAGUGGGUUCGAUGGAACAUACAUGCUCGGGUCGGGACAUAACGAUUUGUUCAGCACGUUGGAUGCAUCAGAGGAGAGGUCUUAUCAGAGGGGGUGGACUCUCACUGAUACGCUGGAUAGCAAAAGGGGAGAAAUGACCCAAUUGGGUAGUCAUGCAGGGGGGGGAACUUUUUUCGAAAAAGAUGACUACCAUCGAUCGGACCCACGAAUCGACGAAUCGACGGAUGAAACUUCCCCUCCUGGUGACGAAAAAUUGCUAAUCACAACUAGUAACAACUGCGGAGGCAUCUUAGCAGGAAUUACAACAGGAAAUAAUAUUGUCUUUAGAUCCGCCAUAAAGCCAGUAUCGUCCAUACAAAUAGAAAAGGAAACGUGUAAUUUUUCUGGACAAAAGUGCAAACUGAAGGUAAAAGGAAUGCAUGACUGCUGCAUUUUGCCGAGACUCCCUCCCAUUAUUGAAGCAUGCACUAGUAUUGUAAUUGGAGAUAUGGUACUUCGACAAGUGGCUAAGUAUGGCCAUAGCAAGCUUCCUUCUGUGGGGUGCCUCUCCCGUUCGACGAAGGAGUAA